AUGGACAAGCGAACGACACUGAGCACUCUCACGAGGCCAACACCUCCUCAGCGAGCCGCCAGUGGGAGCUCCGUCUACUUUGCGAAGCCUGGUGUCCGACCGAGUCUUCCGUCCCGCCUCAGCAGCGUCAGAUCGGCGUCUCAGCCUUCCCAUGUCGUGGACUUGACGGCAGAAGGCUUGCAAGCCAGCAGGAGGGGCAGUGCGGCAUCGUUUGGGCUUAACGGCAGUGUCUGCACUUCUCCAGACAUCAUCCAGGUGGACGAUGAAGAAGAUGGUCAGCCCCCGGCGAAGAGGGCCAGGCUUACGGGAGAUGGCUUGCGAGCUGGCGGUGACGGCGAGGAGAGCGAACACGGACUUGCCUACAACGUGGUAGAGGGAGAGGAACUUCCAGCACCUCCCAAGCAAACGACACCGAAUGCUCAAGGCGCGCUUGCGCGGCGUCGGCGCCGGGUCGGAGAGUCUACCGCUCGCAAAGCCACUGGCGUCGUACCACCACCGGUAGCCACCAAGCUCCCACCACCCAAGAAUGUCGCCGAUUUCUGCGUCUGGACCGGUAACCAUCCAGAGGACACGCUGAACGAUGCGGUCGUCAAAGCAGGCUAUAGUGACACCAAGCUAUCCAGCACCAACGAGAGCAACUCCGCCAAGCCCUCAAUAUGGCAGAACCUUACCUCCAAAAACAACACAGGUCUGCAGAUGCUGUCGUACCUCUUCACCCAAGUGCUGGACAAGAAGCAGGCCCUCGGCAAGUGCACGGCGCCCUCGACCUUCAAGCCACCUCCCCGUGUUACUGUCACGGACACGAAAAGAGAGGCGUGGCUCCGCGACCUUGCCAACCCGGAUGUACCACUGCGGAAGCAGAGUAGAACGAUUCCGCAUGGUAUCCGCGGGAAACUGCUCCUGGAUCAGUGUUUGAGCAAGGAUAUACCGCUUCAGCGUGCUGUAUGGCUUGCGAAGUGCGUCGGCGCGAACGAGCUCCGGGCGUUCAGACGGAAAGGCGUCACAGGAGCUAUUGCUGCGUCGGGCGAGAGCAAGUGGGUACGCGAGUGGACCGUCAGUGUCGAGCAAUUCUUCGAAGGCGUGAUAGCCUCGUGCGGAGAGCAGGAGUGGCAAGGUAGGAUGAACUACGCCGUCAAGCUGGUGACUGCGCUAUAUGCCGAGGGUUUGCUGGAGGUAGAUCACUACCUCGACUGGAUUGUAUCUAACUUCGCAGAGGCGACCAUAGGGAGGCUGCCUAUCUGGAUUGUGCUUGUGCUGAUCUUCUGGAAGCAUGUGAUACGGUUUGUGAGAAGAGGCCGGACGCUUGCGGAAGCCACCCUCGCGCAUAUUCAUGGCCUGCACGAGGUACCCCGGACCAGCAACGAGGCUUUGAGGUUGCGGCUGCAGAAGCUCAUUGCUGUGCUGGCGGUGACGAGCCGCGGAUGCCUCGUCAUCCCGAGCACAUGGCAGAAAUACAAACACCUGCUUAAACCCUCCGGACCGGCGAAUGCGGAGUCCACAAUGAAGAGUAUCGUUGAAGACAUCGCUCGGCGGAACGAGAGGCUUGUGGUGUCCUCGACUGAGACUCUGGCUCGUAUCCGCGGCCCCCUUGUGAAGCUUUACGACAUACUGGAUUCUGUUGGUCUGGACUCCGACAUCGACGAGCUUACCAAGCAGUGUUCAGCACAGAUACCGGAUACCUCACACUUGCUCGCGGCGCUGUUAGACUGGGCUUCCACGCCAUACAGGUACGGAGAUGCACGCGUUUACUUGAGUGCAACGAUCAUCCAGAUACUUCGCCGCCAAGGUCAUGAUACUGACGCCGCGGUCCUGGCGUGGCUGGGGGAUGCGGACCGGCGGACAUCCGCCCAGCUGGAGCUUGUGUAUCGCGUCAUCGGUGAACUGGUUCGGUUUAAUGCCUUCGCCGUCGGCCGCUACUUGCAGUUUCUUAUUUCUACCGGU